AUGGUUCCAGUUCUCAAUGAAGUAGGUCCAGUUGAUGCAUAUAUUGAUUCUCUUCCACCGGGUUAUCGAUUUGUCCCUACCGACGAUGAAUUGAUUUUACACUACUUGAUGAGAAAGGUUUUGAAUGAGCAGCUUCCCAUUAACAGGUUUCGUAUUGUUAAUCUCUACGAUCACCAUCCUCGAGACCUUACCGGAGAUUACAAUUUGAUUAGAGAGAGUGAGUGGUACUUUUUCACUUCAAGGAGACGGAAGUACCCGAGAGGAGGACGGCCAUGUCGAGCAGCAGAUAAUGGAUACUGGAAGGCAACUGGCAAGCCUGAUGACAUUAAAGAUGAUAAUGGCCAAGUAAUUGGGUCUAAAAGGACUCUAGAUUAUUAUGAAGGGAAACAAGGAAAAGGGACAAAGACGGACUGGAAAAUGCAUGAAUAUAAGCUCAAUAAAGAGACCGCUCCUUCUAACCAAAUUGAUGGUACUAACAUGAAGUUAGAUGAUUGUGUUUUGUGUAAGAUUUACAAGAAUAGCAGAAUCAAGAAGGAUGGGAAGAACAACGACGACAAUGCACCUCAGAGUACUAUCAGAACUGAUCAAGGAGCUAUACUGCCUGCAGCUACAAAUACUGUAACAUCUCAUGCUUUUCCAGAUCAAUCAAUUCAACAUCCGUAUCUUUUUACUGGUGAAUCUAGUGGCACUACUUCUUCCAUUGUAAAUAAACAUUGUGUUACGUCAACCUCGACAACACCGGCAUAUUAUGAGCAGCAUUAUUUCCAAAAUCAAACAUGGUCCGAUCAUCCAGGACCAAUCCACAACUGCAACAAUCAAAUUCCACCGCCAAGGGAGCCAUUUUCUUCUCAAUUUCCACUGCCAAAUUCAAUGGAACAUCAGAUUGGGGCAGGAUGGGAGUCUGUUAAUGGAAUGCCAGUGGUUGAUUCGAGUUCUAUUCGGUUACUUCCCCAUGUCAGGGAAUAUGAACGUGAGCUUAAGGCUAUGAGAAACAACGAAGGCCAGGGAACGUGGUGA